AUGCUAAAGAAGCGGAAGCGACGAAAAGUGAACCGCCGACAUACCGAGCCUGGUCUGGGUGCGGCCAGUGGAGUCGACGCUUCGGAGAUCACUCCUGCCGUGCUGCCGUCCCUCGUGCCCCCUGCCGCUGCGGUGUUCACCGACCACACCCCUUCUGCGGUCAAUAAUCGAUCGCUACGAGGAUCAACUGCUCUUCGUUCUGAGGCUGCCAUGGGUGCCUCUCAGAUCACUCUACACACACAGGUUGCAAUGCCAUCGGAGCGUCGGCCAGUAACCCCAACCCCCUACUUACUCCAUGACUUCACCCUUGAAGAUCGAUUUGUCGAUUGCGGCAGUGGUCCUGAACUUGCACCUCUUAAGAUUAACAGCAGUCAAACUGAUGCGUUGUCUUCAUCUUCUUCCUCUGACUUUCUCUUGAACAUGUCACCAACGAGUUUGUAG